AAAGUGUCGCAGUCGACCAGCCAAACUCGAGCAGCAUCCACGUCGGGCAAAAUGAGACAAAUUUCGCGGCGACUCGAUUAUAAUUAGCAAUUCGGGGACGCAUUUUAUUUCGUUUGCAGCAUGGAAGUGAGUGUCGUCGAGCCGACCACCUACCCAAGUCCGAUCGUCUCGCAGGAGAGACGAAAUUCCUCGUCGUCCACGCACCGAUCUCGGAACAACUCGUGGUCCCGCAGGAGACCCAGUCUGCUCGGCUGGAGAAUCCCGGUCGCGCAAAUCCGCGAGUACGGACCGGCGGAUGAAUUCACACAAAGACUGCGGCUGCGUGUCGUGGCAGGUCACAAUCUUGCCAAGAAGGAUAUUUUUGGAGCCAGUGACCCAUAUGUCAGAAUAGAUCUCAACACACUCGAGGGCGAUGAGACCAUCGACUCUGUCAUGACCAGAACGAAAAAGAGGACUCUUGAGCCACAGUGGAACGAGGAGUUUGUUUUCAGAGUGAAGCCUUCGGAACAUAAAUUAGUGCUGCAGGUUUUCGACGAGAACCGACUGACCAGAGACGACUUUCUCGGCGUAGUCGAACUUCCUUUGCAAAACUUGCCCAAAGAGCAAGAGGGCCGCAUUAUUUUGUCCAAGCAAUACAUUCUAAGACCCAGAAGUGCCAAGUCUAGAGUAAAAGGUUUCCUAGAAAUUUACCACGCCUACAUUCGAGAGGCCAGCGCAGGGAGCACAGACGAGGAGGAACCUUCUGCAGCCGAGGGAGAGACCGGCUGGGAAAUGGUGGACUCGAUAGCGUCAGCCAACACAACGGGGUCCGUUGAGACUCCUGCACAGCCGGUGAAUGUUCCGAACCAGGAGCAGUUGCUGCCGCUUCCUGCUGGUUGGGAAGAGAGACAAGACGCCAACGGCAGGACCUAUUUUGUUAAUCACAACGCCAGAUCGACCCAAUGGGAGCGCCCCACACAGGAGGGCAACAUAGCAGGCGAAGUGAAUGUGACGCAGCAUGAGAGAAGUUUAGAGUCGGCAGCGACGGAGUUCCAGCGCAGAUUUCACAUCAGUAGAGACGACCUCGAAUCAAAUAGAAGUUCAGGGUCUUUAUCUCAGGAGGAUGAUCGAUCUGACGGUGAAAUCAGUGAUGACGGAGUGGACGGCGAUGAAAGUGAAUGUGGCGAGCAAUCGCCAGAGGUAGAGGACGAGGACUUGAUCAUCGAAGAUUAUGAUCCUCCCGCGUCUCCAGGCCCGGAGCCAAUCGAGCAAGGCGUCGAAGUGGUUGCCGAGUCAGACUCGCAAUCAGACAUUGCAAGUGCUUCAGGCGACAGACGUGAAUCUCUGAAUGAUUUCGGACUGGCCAGGUUGAUGCAGACUGACGGAGAAAGUGAAGCUGAGGGCGAUACAACUGAUGCUGGAAACAAUGAAGCCCGUCCGAGAAGCGACUCUGAAGCAGUCCAGGUUCCAACUGAGGCAAGAUUACAAGCCUUGGGCCUCACUUCGGAAGGGAUGCCUCCUGGCUGGACAAUGCAAAUGGCUCCCAACGGCCGCGUUUUCUUCAUCGACCACAACGAGAGAGCAACAACCUGGGUGGACCCUCGAAGUGGCCGGGCCAGUCCGAUGCCAAACCAAGUGAACAACCCUGCCAUCAAAAAGCCUGAGGACGAACUGGGUCCCUUGCCUGAAGGUUGGGAGGAGCGGAUUCACACAGACGGACGCAUUUUCUUCAUUGAUCACAACACAAGGACGACGCAGUGGGAAGACCCAAGACUGUCGAACCCUAAUAUAGCCGGGCCUGCCAUUCCUUACUCAAGAGACUACAAGAAAAAAUACGACUACUUCAAAUCACAGUUGAAAAAGCCUAACAAUGUACCUAACAAAUAUGAAAUCAAAGUACGCCGAUCACGCAUCCUAGAAGAUUCAUUCAACGCCAUCAGUAAUGUCAACAGAACUGAUUUGCUCAAGACAAAGUUGUGGAUAGAGUUUGAGGGAGAGGUUGGCUUAGACUACGGAGGUUUAGCACGUGAGUGGUUCUUCUUGCUUUCGAAAGAGAUGUUCAACCCCUACUAUGGACUUUUCGAAUAUUCUGCCAUGGAUAAUUACACUCUCCAAAUCAACCCAUUCUCUGGCCUUUGCAACGAAGAGCAUUUGAACUACUUUAGGUUUAUUGGUAGAAUAGCUGGAAUGGCUGUUUAUCACGGGAAACUGUUAGAUGCCUUCUUCAUUCGUCCAUUCUACAAAAUGAUGCUGGGAAAGCAAAUUGACUUGAAAGACAUGGAGAGUGUGGACUCUGAGUAUUACAAUUCGUUGCUGUGGAUCAAGGAAAACGACCCAUCGGAACUGGAACUCACGUUCUGUGUCGACGAAGACAGUUUUGGUCACACGUCGCAACGAGAGUUGAAACCAAACGGAGCAAACAUUGCUCUCACAAAUGAAAACAAAGACGAAUACAUUAACCUUGUCAUUGAAUGGAGAUUUGUAGCCCGAGUAAAAGAACAAAUGCAAGCCUUUCUGGAAGGGUUCAGUGCCUUGGUGCCGCUGAACUUGAUCAAAAUUUUUGACGAGAAUGAACUGGAGCUGCUCAUGUGCGGCAUUCAGCACAUUGAUGUCAAGGACUGGAGGCUGAACACCCACUACAAGGGUGACUACCAUCCUAAUCACUUGGUUGUGCAGUGGUUCUGGAGGGUUGUGUUGUCUUUCAACAAUGAGAUGAGAGCUCGCCUUCUGCAGUUUGUGACAGGAACAUCAAGGGUGCCAAUGAAUGGCUUCAAAGAGCUUUACGGAAGCAAUGGACCUCAACUUUUUACCAUUGAGAAGUGGGGCUCUCCGGAAAAUUAUCCCCGAGCUCACACCUGUUUCAACCGAAUUGACCUGCCUCCAUACGAGUCAUACCUGCAGCUACGAGAUAAGCUUGUCAAAGCAAUCGAAGGUUCACAAGGUUUUGCCGGAGUCGACUAGAGAUCGAGGCCACAAUCUUUCACCUUGCCGUGAUGCUUGCCCACUUUAACUGUUUCGAUUGAUUUCAAACGUUUCGGUGUUAAAUUGAAAACAGCCUUGUAAGACAAAAAAAGAGUUUUGUUUGCAAGUCGGGACAAUUUUCAAUAUCAAACUAUAUUAAAAACCAAGACAGACCUAGAGGCUAACAAAACUCGGUGGUGAUAUCAAGAGAUUUUUCAUAUUUGAUGAGAACAUAGUAAUAUUUGUGUUGAUUGGGCAAUGCUACAACAACUGUGAUUAUUUGAUUUACCUGUUUUUAUGGAUAUACUGUAAUGUUAAAAUUAUAUUGUGUAAAGAAUCCUUCCACAAUCCUCAUUAAAAGAAGACAUCAGAUGUCCUGUCAGUUAUAGACCUCCCCACAGACCAUCCAGCAAAUCCCCCAACACAAUCUUAUACCUAAAGUUUCUUACAUUACGCUAAGGCUGGUAUAUUGAUGGUAUUGUUUACUGAAAAAGUCUUAUGCUGUGACUUGUUAACAAAGCCAGUGUCCAAAUUUAUGCAGUCAGAAUCAUUCUAUAUAUAGAAAGUGCAAAACAUUUACUCGCCGCUAUUUUAACUUUUAACACUUCAAAAUUUUCUGUCAAGAAAAAAACUUGCAUCUUUAACUUUUGGAUACUUAUAAUCGUCGCUUAUUCUUGUCAUCACUAUAUUUCUUUUACCUAAGUUGCUGAUGCAUGAUCGUCUUGUAUUUCAAAUUUUUUGCGUGUGAAUUCUUUUGUAACAUUUUUAAAUAAUAUUGAGAAUUUCCCCUAUUUAAAAAAAAAAAAAAAUGACCAAAAUCAUAAUUAACCCAUAAAAUAUUUUACAACAAGAUUGGAACUUUUCAAGCAUUCCCUAUUGGAUUUGAAUUUCACUUUUAAGCAGCGCGGAGAGACCACGAGUAUUAAAAUCAUGCGUAUUUCCGUGCUGAAUUUUGCCGAAAUUUACUUUGGAUUUUAAUUUAUAGUUUUUUUUAACUUCUUAUUUUUCAAAAGAACAAUUUAGUCUUUUUCAUGCAAACACAUGAAUUUUAAACAUUGUUUGUAUCGCUCGCAAACAUAAUUAUCAAGACGAGAUCACUGCUUUACGCACGAAUUUGUGCUUGCUAUGUAAAUAUAAAUGAUUUAUAAUACCUCGUUAUGAUAUCAACUAAAAACAAUAAAGAAAACGAAAAAUUAA